AUGACCAGUUUCACGAGCAACAAUCUGGCGUACAGCAACUCCGGGCGCGUUUCUCUCGGCAUAACGUGUAUUAUGCCUGGUUGCGAGAGGCGCAUCCGUAGCGGUUCGUACUUCUGCAUCAACCACGGUGGAGGUCUGAGAUGUCUGCUUCCUGGGUGCACGAGCUCCGCUCGCGACGGCUCCAUUCAUUGCAUCAAGCAUGGAGGUGGUCGUCGUUGUGUCGCUGCCAACUGCAGCAAGGGUGCAGUUGGUAAGACAGAUUUCUGCAAGAGCCACGGAGGCGGGCGUCGCUGUUUACACCCCAAUUGUGCGGCUCCAGCUAGAUCCGGAGGAGAGGUACAAAUGUGUCAGAGGCACGGAGGUGGGAAGAGAUGCAAGGAGAUGGGAU